GACACCUGGUAGAAGAUUUUAAAUGAUUCCCAGUGGGCACAGUGCAAAACAUCCUCCUCUUCUGUCCAUCUCAAGCCACCUCCCAUGCCCUCAGAACUCCUCCAGUGUUUUUUGGGAUGAAAGCAAACCAGGUAAUAGUGAUGAUGAUCUGUACUUCUCUCUAGUGCAACAACCAUUAGAAAACCUUUGAAUUGAAAGGAAACCUAUUGGAGUUGGUCUUGUAGUCCUUUUAAAGCCUGAAUCUAUAUAGUUCAUUCCUGUGUGUAAGAAGCCAAGCUGUGAUCCCUGCUAAUAAUAUAGACACCUGCCUUUAUUCAGUACAAUUUAAUGCAGUAUUUUUAUUUAUGAUGCAUUUGUGUUCUUUCCCUUCAAAUAUUGCAUAAACUGUUGCCUUUUUUUUUUUUUUUAACAAGACCUAAGAGCUGAUAAAGGGAUGUUCAGUGCUGCUCUGAGGAGCUGUUUUGUUUCUUCCUGUAAUUCCAUCCUGACUUGGCAAUGCAGGCUCACAGUUAUCAUUUCAUUUGACCUGUAAAUCAAUCUGUGUAACAUGCAAAGCAGCCACCAAUGCAGAGGAAAUGAGAACAAAGUCAUGGGAAAAGCGUUGUGUAGGACACAUUCCAAGGCUGUAUUUCUGUGUGCUUUAUUCCUUCCACGAGGAAACAGUGAAAUCUGCAGAAUUGUAACUCAAAUACACAAAGAAAUGGGAAAAAGGAAGGAACAGAGUGAGACUGUUUAUGUAUGUUAAUGAAGAGUGGAGGGAUUUAAGAAGAAGAACCUGAUCUCUCAGCUUUGCAGCUUGGAAUAAGGAUCUGCAUCUUCUUUUCCUUUCUGGUCUGGUCUUAGAGCGUGACAUGGCCCAGGCAGCAGCUACAAAGGAGCAGGAACAGCAAAAGGGCCUGAGCACAUGUGAACAUCCCUGUCCUGAGAGCACCUGAUACCCCGGAGUUACGGAUUGUCCAGCACAGAGACCUCUCCCCACCUCACCUGGCCGGGAAGGACUGGGACAGCUGCCAGCCAGCAUUCUACCAAGGUCGCGAUGCCGGAAGGAUCCCUGGAGGAGCUCCCCAGCCGGGAAUGGGAGAGCCAAGGGAAGGAGCCUGCCAGGCUGCCAGGGGACAGGAGCACAAGGACAAUGGUGACAGGAGGCGGAGGCUACCUGGGCUACAAUCUGGGAUGUGCCCUGGUUAGGUCAGGGAUCGCUGUGAUUCUGUUUGAUGUGCGGAAACCUCAGUGGGAAAUCCCCAGCGGAGCCGAUUUUGUCGAGGGCGAUGUGAGGGAUUACGAUGCAGUGUUCAAAGCAUGUGAAGGGGUUGACUGUGUUUUCCAUGUGGCUGCAUGUGGAAUGUCAGGAUUAGAACAACUCCAAAAGAAAGAUCAGAUCGAAUCCAUAAACGUUGGAGGCACAAAAAUAAUAAUUGAUGUCUGCAAACAAAGAAAUAUCCCCAGGCUGAUCUACACCAGUACAGUGAAUGUGGUGUUUGGAGGGAAUCCUAUUGAAGAGGGAGAUGAAGAAACUGUUCCCUAUUUUCCACUGGAAAAGCAAUUUAAUCAUUAUUCCAGAACCAAGGCAAUUGCAGACCAAAUGGUUCUUGCUGCUAAUGGAACUUUACUCAAAGGAGGGGACAAGCUCCACACGUGUGUGCUUCGCCCCCCGGGCAUCUACGGACCCGAAGAGCAGCGGCACCUGCCACGAGUAGCCAUAAACAUCCAGCGGAGACUUUUUAACUUCAAGUUUGGGAAUCACGAAGUUCAGAUGAACUGGGUGCACAUAGGAAAUCUGGUACAAGCUCACUUACUGGCUGCUGAGGCUCUCACCUCUGAGAAGGGUUAUGUAGCUAGUGGUCAGGCAUAUUACAUCCACGAUGGUGAAAACGUGAUUUUCUCCGAGUGGAUCGUGCCCUUGUUUGAAAAAUUAGGCUACAGGAAACCCUGGAUACACAUUCCUGUUCUCCUGGUUCAUAUAGCAGCCACUGUGAUGGAAUAUCUGCACCUGAUUCUAAAGCCAGUUUUUAGCUUUACACCUUUCUUGACAAGGAAUGAGGUGUGGAACGUGACUGUAACUCACACGUUCCGAAUAGACAAGGCACGGAAUCAACUUGGCUACAAACCAAAGAAAUUCUCAUUCGCUGACUCUGUGGAUCAUUAUCUCAAAACAAGACCUACUUGCCAAGAAGAUCACACAUUCCUUAAAAUGGUGUUUGUUUUUGGCAUUAUGUUAAGUUUGGUCGUUCUCUCUUUCUUCUAAAAUCGAAUAAUUCCCCACCUGUUCCAGAAAGCCUCGUUUUGUUCCUGAGUAUUAAUGAUCUGGUCCUGGUACAUUCCUCAGCCACUGUGGACUUUGUUAUUGUUAUAACUAUGAUGACACCUCUCUGACCUCAUUAAGAAAGAAAAAAAACCAAACAAACCAACCAAUAAACAGGAAAACAAUCACAAAAGUGAAAAUAUGGAACACAUCAGGAAAUGUUCCCCAGGAGCAAAUCAAAGGAGUUCAUCAUUAACAGCUGCAGGACCAGUGUUAAUGGAUCUUCAUUAAUUCAUUGCUUCAUGCUGAGAGGGAUUUUCUAAAAAUGAUAACUCAGGAGGGUGAGAAGUUGGAAGAAGAGGAACCAUCGUAGGACUGCAGUGCUGCCACAAGUCCAGCAGCUCCAGUGAAGAAAAGAGUGACUAAACAACUCCUCUGAUGAAGCUGCUGCUACAGCUACUGCCUGUAAGUCUGAGGAAUUAUGGAGACCUGGGAAAUAGGACAAAAGUAUGGAAAGUAAAUAUUUAUAAAUAACAGGUGGUGAGAGGACUGAAAAUCAUAUUUAUGUAAAAAUAAUUUUAUUGUUCAA